GAUUCUAGUAUGGAGGCCUGUUCUGUUAACACUCUUUUUACAGGCAUUAAAUUCCCAUCAGUCUGAAAGUGGAAUUAACUCCGAAGGAGACCCUCGCGGCAGACGCCAACCAAGAUCUAUGCGCGGCCUCUAUACUGCACUUGGUGUGUUGGAUUUAGUUGGUGGAGGGAUAAGAUUGGCUGCAGAUGCAACGAAUUUGGGAGGAUCAAUUUUAUCGGUCGCUCAGAUGCUUUCACAGCCGCCGCCACAACUUGGCGGCGGUGCUGAUAUGCAGUAUCCACAAAAUCAACAGGAUAUGCAGUUACAGAAUGUACAGAAUGUACAAGAUAUGCAGAAUACGCAGUUACAAAAUCUGCAAACGCAACCUUGUACUGCGACAUUCUCGUACUACGCUUCCAAUGGGAACCCAGUUUACCAAUGCGACUGCCCUAGUGGAACCUCGUAUCAAUACCUUAGAUGUGUGAAUCCGGAUGAAUCUGGUGCGCCAGAUGUGCAAAAUGCGCCUGAUAUGCAGCAACAGAAUGUGCAAGAUGUCCAGGAGCAGCCUUGCACACACACGCAAUCAUGCUCGUUUGCGAUGAAUUUAUUUUGGCGGAGUUUUGUUUUGCUGACGCUCCUACAGUCAUUGAACUUAUGUGAAGACAGAAGCAAUAACACAGACUCUGAAAAAGAUCCUCGGGGCGGACGCCAUUCUCGAUCUCUCGGCGGCCUUUAUACUGCUCUCGGAGUUAUAGACUUAGUUAGCAGUAUACUUGGUUUAUCUUCUAGUGCUGCUUAUCUUGGAGGAACGGCAAUAGAAAUGUCACAGCUUCUCGCGCAGCAGCAACAAGCUGCUAAUCUAGAUGCGCAAUUAGCGCAGCAGGAAAUGGGAAAUGUGCAGGAUGUGCCGGAUAUGGGGAAUAUACAAAAUAUGCCAGCGCAAUCCUGCAGUGCAACGUUUGCGUACAGAGCUUCUGACGGCAAUCCAGUUUACCUGUGCGACUGCCCUAGUGGAUCCUCGUAUCAGUACCUUAGAUGUGUAGAUCCGGAUGCAAAUGCACAACUUUCGCAGGAUACACAGCAACAGAAUGCACAAAAUAUGCAGACGCAGGAUUGCACUGCGACGCUUGCUUACCGCUCUUCAAACGGCACUCCAGUCUACUUUUGCGACUGCCCUGGAUAUGGAACUUCGUAUCAGUAUAAUAGGUGUAUAUCGCCAAAGUUUGCUAGAAACUAAACGCUGUAAGCAACAUGAUCUCACACCACGCAAUUUUAAAAACCCACGUACCUUAACAAAUUGAAC